UAGCGCCACUGAAGACGGGACCGUGUUAGGUUGGAGUCGGAAAAAAACCCCCAGACGUUGCAACAUAGUGCACAGGGGUGGAUCUGUGAAACGAGUCAAAAGGCAACAUUAGCAACGGAAAUCUCACUGGGACUUAGUUCAACGGAAGUAGAACUGUAGCAAAGUCACUGUGCGCAACAGGUGUCAGUUUCUUUUCGUAAGCUCACUGUUUGAAAGUUGUUUGAAUAGGGGGGCUAAAAGUUUUCGUUGGUUAACAAAACGCCAACAUGUCAAAACUUCGACCCAGGCUUUGUGUGUUGGAGAAAGGACCCAGCGGGUAUGGGUUCCACCUGCACGGAGAGAAGGGCAAGAUCGGGCAGUUCAUCAGGCUCGUGGAGUCCGACACUCCCGCCUCCGAGGCCGGGCUCCUGGCUGGAGACCGAUUGAUGUUCGUGAAUGGGGAGAGCGUAGAGGGGGACAGUCAUCAGCAAGUGGUCGCCAAGAUACGGGCAACCUCUGGGGCUUUAGAGCUUAUUGUGGUGGACCCCGAGACCUCGGAGCUGCUGAAAAAACACAACCUACAGUGCCGGAAAGAAUUCGUCACAGAAGGAAUUCCCAUACCAGGCAGUGACAGCGACUCAGACCGCGGGGACACUCAGAGCAACGGCACCCCUGCCCCGCUUGAGAACGGGGAUUCUUCCUCGGAGAGAUCCGAGAGGCAUAGUGUCAGCUCAAGCACCAAGGAGGAGAGAGAUGGGCGCCGGCCUCGUCUCUGCCUCUUGAAAAAGGCGACCCUGCUUGGCCAGCGCUACGGCUCUAGCAUGUCUGACUGCUUCCUCCUGUCGUCGCACCUCCUCCACUACUUUCGACAUUCGAAUAUAAGAACUUUUUCCCAAUUUCUCCUGUUCUCUCUUCAGGUUAAUGGUAUGUCUGUGGCUGGGAUGCAGCACUCAGAGGUGGUGGCAGCCAUAAAGGCCGGAGGAGACGAGACCAGGCUACUGGUGGUUGACAUUGAGGCAGAGGAAUUCUUCCAGAAAUGCAAUGUUAUGCCCACUGAGGAACACAUCAGUGGACCUCUUCCAGAGCCAAUGGCAGAAGACAAGAUAAAUGCAAAGCCUAAAGUAUCUGCGAGCUCUUCCGUCUCCAGUGCCUCUUCCAGCAGCUCCCUACCAGCAGCAACAGACAACUCCUCGCCUUCAGAGAUUGAAAGAGCUUCGAGGUCAGAGCCGGCCCCAGCCAUCGACAGCCUGGGUCUUGCCUUGACAGUAGCUCAGGCCAAAGAAAGAGCCCAGCAGAAGCGUGGCGCCAAGAAGGCCCCGGCCAUGGACUGGAGCAAGAGGAAUGAACUGUUUAGCAACUUAUAAACGCCACGGGCGUCCUCAUGUCCUCCAGGUGGUUCUGUACUGCCAUCCAGAGGCCAAUCCAGAGAAAUAAUCAGCCCACGCUCUGAGUGAAAAAUAAUGUGACAUCAAGCUUAUUUUAAACUCCCAUGUUAAACAGUAUUACAUGAUGAUUUAUUUGUUUUAAUUUAGGGUUUCUGUGACUUCUUAACUUUUGAAUGACGUUUGAAAUGUCAGCAUCACACACAGAAAUGAAUGUUAAUAAUAUAUCAAGAAGAGAACUAGCAGUGUGCACUUUCUCAUACGAAAAAGGAGCGUGAAAGGAAUUUUGGGGCAUAGGAACGAGAAAUUAUUAUUUUUGACGAGUCGUGAUUUUAAAUCUGAACAUUUUAGAAAGAAUGUAGCACCUCUGUCUACUCUUCUUUACCUUGUUUUUUUCCGUCUUAAUUUGUGAUUCAAACGAGAUUAUUUUUCUUUUUAAUGUGGCUUUUGAUAAAUUUGUAUAUACACACAAAUGUAUUCUCAAGGAAAAGAAAUGUUCUGUGUUUUGUUGAUUCUGCUGCAGUCUGUUCAGUUUUAAAGCUGCAUCUUUUGGCUCGAGCGUCACUUACACACUUUCACUCCAAUGGAAAUAUACAGAAUGUACCGAUGGCUCUGUGCUGUAGAAUGUCUUAAUGAACAUUGAUAAACAUAGCAUAUCAAUAAAAUGGAA